AGAUGUCUGAUCUAACUAAUUCAAGUCAAAAACACCCAAAACUUUCUUCUCUUGCCCUAAGAAAAAUUAUAUUAACAAUGGUUACUGCCAAACUACGUUGGAGACGAAUUGAAGAAUUUAGAGAAGAAUGCCGAGAAUAUAUAAUUAAAUGGAACAAAAUAAAUGAAGUAAUCCGUUUACAAAUAUUGGAUGCUUUGGAUGAAGCAAUAUUUGAAUUGAAAAGAUGGACUGAAAAACACACACAAAUAUUUCCUGAAGAAGAAAAUCUUGCCAUACGAAAAGCAGCUUUACGUCAAAAAGCUCAAAGCUUAGACUGUUCCAAAACUAAUACAUCUUUAUAUAAACCGCAAAGGAGAGCAAUGAGAAUUUUAGAAAAAUCGGAAUAUUUACGGAUAUUUUAUGAUUGCCUAAUUUGGGAGAAGACAAUGAUUAAAAUUAAUGAUUUUGCGACAGCCAAAAAUAUAGUGGAAAGUCAGUGCAAAAAUUGGUCACAAUUAAAAUUUCAAUUUGCCUGUUGCUAUGCUAUGGAAGAAUUAUUGGAGGAUGAGAGAAUUUUUGAUAAGAAUAGAAGGAGGGCGUUUAAAAAGAAAUUAGACAACCAUCCAAUCUACCAUUUCUGGCUUAGAGUACUUGCUGACCGUCAGGAAUGGACUAAACUAUACCGAUCAGAUCGACUAAUUGUUGAUCAAAGAUUAAUGCUUGCUUUUAAAUUUGCAAUUAAUAAUGGAUUUCUUGAAUUAGUUAAAAGAUUAUGGGAUGGAUUGAGCGAAGGACAAAUGGAAGCUAUUGGCUUUUUAUGUUGGAAAAAAGUUUGUUUUAAUUUACAACAUCCAGAAAUGGUUCGAUUUCUCUGCACAGUGCUUUGUCGGAUAAAUAAAAGGGGAAUGGCACAAAUGAGUUGGAAUAAUUUUUAUCACAAGACAUAUCAAACAUUAGAUGUUGAAGGACUUAGCCGUGAUGAAAGAUUAGAACGAUUUAAGAAACUUGAAUGUUUAUUAGAAAAUUGGUGCGAUCCUUUAAGAAAAAUAAUUCUUUCAAGAGAAAAUUUUAGGUAA